GUCUGUCCGUAUGUGUGCUUGUCUGUCUGACCACAGGUAGUACUCAGAUUACCCUGCCUGUUCUGUUCUCUGCUGCAGACGGCUGUUCUCUACUGUCUGACCAGGACAGUGCAGCUCAGCCAGCCACAGCCCUGGAAUUUCCCAGGAGCAGGGGGAGCAUGGAAUUUGGACUUUUCUGAGCAACUGAAGUGGAGCGUGGAGCUCACUCGACCCAGGAGAGCACCAUGGACGGCGAACCACAGGGCAGGAACGGCAGCAAGCCCCUGAGGCCAGGAGACCCUCCUGACACCAGGCUCCUUUCAAACCCGCUGAUGGGGGAUUUUGUGUCUGAUUGGUCUCCUGUGCAUGAAGCUGCCAUCCACGGACGUCUGCUCUCUCUGAGGAACCUCAUCAGCCAGGGGUGGGCUGUGAACCUCAUCACAGUAGAUCGAGUGUCCCCACUCCAUGAAGCCUGUCUCGGAGGUCAUCCCUCUUGUGCAAACAUUUUAUUAAAGCAUGGAGCUCAGGUGAAUGCUGUUACCACAGACUGGCACACUCCCUUGUUUAAUGCUUGUGUCAGCGGCAGCCAGGACUGUGUGAAUUUGCUUCUGCAGCAUGGAGCCAGCCCCCACCCUGCGAGUGAUCUGGCAUCUCCCAUCCACGAAGCUGCUAAGAGAGGCCACGUGGGGUGCGUCGAGUCCCUCGCAGCUCAUGGGGGCGACAUUGACCAUUACAUCAGCCACCUGGGCACUCCACUAUAUUUGGCUUGUGAAAACCAGCAGAUAGCCUGUGCCAAGAAACUUCUGGAGUCAGGAGCAAGUGUGAACAAAGGCCAAGGUCUGGACUCCCCUCUUCACGCAGUGGCCAGGGCGUCCAAUGGGGAGCUGGCCCGCCUGCUCAUGGACUUUGGAGCAGACACCCAGGCCAGGAAUACUGAAGGCAAACGUCCCUUGGAGCUGGUGCCUCCAGAGAGCCCUCUGACCCAGCUCUUCUUGCAGAGAGAAGGACCCCCUUCUUUGAUGCAGUUAUGCCGCCUUAGGAUUCGGAAGUGCUUGGGGAUCCAGCAGCAUCAGAAGAUCACCAGACUCGUCCUUCCCGAGGAGCUGAAACGGUUUCUCCUACACAUUUAAAUGUGUCAAGAGAGUGGAGUCACAAACAACAAACAUUGUUGAGUGUUGUGGCCACUGGAAUUUUAAAAUAAAGUCAGGUUGAGAG